AUGGAGAUAAACAUGGAGGUGAGGAAUGAGACAACAAUCCAAGAAUUUGUUCUGGAAGGGUUUCCUGCCAUCCAGUACCUGGGGAACAUUUUCUUCCUGAUGCAUCUGCUGGCAUACCUGGCCUCUGUCACAGGAAAUAUGGUGAUCAUUAUCAUCACUUGGGUGGACCAUCACCUCCAGACACCAAUGUAUAUUUUACUCAGCACUUUCUCCUUCUCUGAAUGCUGUUUUAUCACCACAGUUAUUCCUAAACUGCUGUCCAUCUUUCUUUCAGGAAGACAAAAAAUGUCUUUUACAUCUUGUCUAAUACAAGCCUUUUCUUUUCUGUUUUUUGGGUCAAUAAUUUUCUUCAUUAUGGCUGUGAUGUCCUUGGAUCGAUACCUGGCCAUUUGCAAACCUCUCCACUACCCGGCCAUCAUGAACCUGAGGGUCAGUUUCCUUCUGGUUUUCUUCUGCAGUGCUUUGUCCUUCAUCUUCAUCACUGGCUUGGUGCUCAAGGUUUCCCAGUUAUCCUUCUGUGGCCCCAAUGUCAUCUCUCAUUUCUUUUGUGACCUCGGCUCCCUAAUUCAUCUCUCUUGUUCUGACACCAGGUCUGUUGAAAUAUAUAUCUUCUUCCUUGCUUUACUUGUCAUUCUGAUAUCUCUCAUUUUAACCAUCAUUGCAUACAGCAACAUAGUAUUCACAAUUGUGCGACUUCCAUCAGCCAAGGAGCGACAGAAAGCUUUCUCCACCUGCUCCUCUCACCUCUUUGUCCUCUGUCUGAUGUACGGCAGCUCUGUCUUUAUAUAUGUGAAACCAAAGCAAACAAAUAGGCUGGACUCCAACAGGGAGGCUGCCCUUGUGAACACAGUGGUGACCCCCCUGCUGAACCCUGUCAUCUACACUCUGCGGAACAAGCAGGUCCACCAGGCUCUGAGGGAUGCUCUAUCCAGGGUGAGGUUGCAGAAACAGAGCUUUGGAAGGGACCGUGAUGAUUUGUGGACUUACUGGGGACAAACGGAACAGAAGCAGAAGCUCCUUCAGGCUGUGCCACUCGGGGGUGAGCAGUUUGGUUUCACAAGCAACACUUCAGGGGAUCUGGCCCACAGUGGGUUAAGGACAGCAGUGAUGAUGUUGUGGAAAGAGAUGCCCAUGGAAAUGGGGAAUGGGACCACUGUGCAGGAAUUCACCUUGGAGGGAUUCCCUGCCUUCCAACACCUGGGAAAAGUCCUCUUCCUGGUGCACCUGCUGGCAUACCUGGCAUCCAUUGCAGGCAAUGCUCUCAUAGUGACCAUCACCUGUGCCGACUCCUGGUUCCAGACACCUAUGUACUUUUUUCUUCAGCAUUUUCUCCUUCUUUGA